AGAGAGAGAGAGAGAGAGAGAACGCGCGAUUCACAUGCGAAAUGGAGCUGUGAUCGAAACGAAAGACGUCGUCGUUGCCGGGCUCUCCGAUCUCCUCGACCAAGCUCUCCAAUGGCGAUGCCUCACCUCCACCUCCAUCCUCCACUCUCGCCUCCUCCGCACCUCCCUCUUCUCCCAUCCCCACCUCCUCACCAAGCUCUUCCUCUCCUACUCCUCCACCCUCCCUCGCACCCGCAUCGCCAACCUCCUCAUUUCCACCAUCUGUUACUCUCUCAAUCCCCCUCCUUACAACGCCCUCAUCUCCUCUCUAUCUCGCCACCACUUCCCCUCCUCCGCCCUCCAAACCCUCUCCUUUACUCACCGCCUCGGCGCCCGCUUGGACUCUUACACUCUCUGCAGCUCUCUCCUCGCAGCGUCCUCCCCCAGAGCCACCUGCGUCGGUGAGCAACUCCAUGCAUUCUCAGUGAAGUCCGGUUGUAUGUCCAGUGUUUUCGUUGGUGGUGCUUUGAUUGGUUUCUACUCAAAAAUGAGCCACCUUGUUUGUGCACGGAAGGUGUUUGAUGAAAUGCCACUGAGAAACACUAUCUGUGUUAAUACUCUCUUGAAUGGAUACAUAGAGAGCCAGAAUUGGCCGGAAGGUUUAUUGUUAGCUCAUGAGAUGUUUGGUUUUGGAUUGUACCCUGAUGAGUGCACACUCUCUGGUAUUCUCCGAAUCAGUGCUGAGACAACCGAUAUCACAAUCGGUAUCGAAGCUCAUGCUUAUUUUCUCCGUAGAAUUGAUAACUUUGUAGAUGAUUUGUGUCUUCAGAGCUCACUAGUUGAAAUGUAUGGCCGGUGCGGCCUCACGAGCAAAGCUCGGCAAGUGUUUGAUCAGUGCAACAAGAAGAGAUCAGAUGUGGUUUUAUGGACAUCAAUGAUCAAUGCCUAUGGAAGGAAUGGAAUGUUUGAUGCUGUGAUCAUGUGUUUCAAUGAAAUGUUGGAUGAAGGGAUUGAACCGGAUGAAAUCGCCUUCUUGGCGGUUCUCUCUGCGUGUAGACACGCUGGUGAAGUUGCGACCGGGCUUAAUUACUUACAAUCGAUGAGGAAGAACUAUGGGAUGGUGGCGAAAGCCGAACAUUAUGGUUGUGUCAUUGACAUGUUAUGUAGAGCUGGUGAAGUGGAGAAGGCAUGGGAGAUUGCUAAUACUACUAGUGGCAUUGGUGUUAGUGUUUGGGGAGCUUUGCUAAGUGCUUGCAAGGAUUCGGGGAAUGUCGGCAUUGGUGAGCUUGCAGCAAAGAGAGCUCAUGAAUUGGAUCCUGAUAAUGUGGGUAUCUUUGUUGAAUUGUCUAAUUUGUAUGCCAGAGUUGGAAUGUGGGUUGAAAUUGAAGAGGUUAGGGAGUUGAUGAAACAGAGGGGAUUGAAAAAAGAUUCCGGUUCUAGCCGGUUAGAUCGGUGAUCAUAUCGGAUCACCGAACCAGUGUGAUAUGGUUCAGGAGUAAUCGAUGUUGCGCUUUUUGUGUGUUUUAGUAAGAAAUUUGGAAGUUCUUCUCUUUAUCUAUAUCAUCAACAAGCAGUGAAAUUCUUCUGAAUUUGGAAGUGAUCUCUUUUUUUCAGGGGGUGAUAAGUAAAAAGACCCAAUAUUUUUUACCCGAAUCCGAUAAGAAGCAAAU